GCCUGGCAGCGAGUAGAAGGUGUUGAGCAUGUACCCGCAUCAAGAAUCUUGCCAUGGUCGUGGAAAGUAACACAGCCAACACCUCAACCACCGUGGCGAGUUGCUUGUUUCGCGUAGACGCGCUUGAGCGAAACUGAAACAUGCAAGUGGCGAACGUAUUGACUAUGAACCUUUACAACCAUGGCCUUGGUCUGAUGCUCAGUAUCUCAUUCAUUCAGACCCACGAAGGACAGGAUCCCAACGACCUGGUGGAUAAAACAUGCAACACCUCGCAUGAGGUCGUAUUGAGCUUGCCGGCUGCAAGCAGCCGCUAUAGCUGCUCCGCGUGCGCGCAUCUGCACCCCCCCUUUGGCGUGAUGUCUGGAGAUGCAUCUCCGUCACGUCUCCACUAACAGGGAAUCAACAUCAUGACGAGCCUUGGAAAUGAUGGAAUAUUCGUGGCAGAGCUCGAAGAGGCAACCUCUGAGCUAUUAGACCUGGCACUGCCAUCACCCCGAGGAACGCCAUCGCAAAGCGGUAAGGCAAGGAUCCCGACAGGUUAUACCAUCGAUCGCUUGAUCACCCCAUCGCCUCUGCGACUUACUUCGCCGGCUCCGAUCUAUUCUGCGGGCUCCAAGCUCGUUCCGAUUCGCUCGUUCGAAGAUGAGAAGGAAAAUGAGGCCGGACCGUCAAAAGCUUGGUCCCCUCGCACCAUGAAGAAAGUCCAUACUCAGUCUCGUGGAGACGGUGGCACUUCACCUGAGCAACGCGCAAAGGCAAAGAUCACCAUCAGCUCCUCCAAUGAAAUAGUUGCAGACCAAGAUUGGCUACCUUCAGGCGGACUUUAUUCCAUGAUUGGCUCGCUGCGCGAAGUCACUCCCAUCGCCACACCUCUGCCUGCACCAGAUAGAAGUGUAACCGGCAGUCCUACGUCGAUCAUCCCUCCAAGGUCACCGUUCAAGGAUGCGCACGGGACACUCAAGGAUGUUUGGUUGAACGAGUUUGGGGAGCGAGUGGUCAACGGAAAAGUGGUCGGGCAGAUGCGGGCAGGCCGACGGCGAGCGCAAAGCCCUACGACUGUUGUUUCUGGCACAACGAGCGCUCCUCCUUCACAAAUGGUGUUUCGGCAGCGACAAGAAAUUACAGAAAUCCGUGAAGAGGAGAAGACCCAAAGACAAGCAACGACUCCGGCCUUUUUCUUUCAAUCCUUCCCAACAGCAGUACCGGGACGACGGCGCUCGCUCGAUCUCUCAGACCCUCUCAAGCUUAAUUUGUCCAUGCAGAAUGAGUCCGAAAUGUCGAAUCACACUCCGGACGUUUCCUUUCACACGGCGAACGAUUCAGUCGAAGAUACAUCGCUUCCGGUUCCUACCGCUGAAAGGGCAGACUUUCCCCUACUUAACACUGUGGCUCGAAAUGGCUCUGUUUUGCCAGCACCCCCGUCGCGGCCCAUUUCACGAUCGUCCUCCAUCCACGGUGUUGCGCUUCCCCCAAGUCCACUACCAAUUUCUCCUCUGUCCAGUCCUGCGGCUCCCGUUGCUGUGACACAUGUGCAGAGUAAGCUGAUCAAGCUCCAUGCGAACAAGAAAAAGUCUUGGCAGACGGUUUCGGCGACGCAAGCGGGCCUCGUAAUGGAACAGGACCGUGACAGGAACAGAUUACCAACCCCGACACAGACAUCUCCCUCGCUGCCACCUGCGGCACCGAUGUCGAUCGCUGCUCGUGCUGCAGCGCUGUUCAAGACGCCGCUGAUCCCUGACGAACGUCGACGAAACUCCAUCGGGAGUUAUGAAGACGAGGGAGGCGCCAUGUUGCGGUCAUUUUCUAUGCCCUCGUCGCCGGAUCUGUCCUGGCGUGCUGCUGCCGGGGAUCGCGUGCACAAUGGCAAGGGCAAAGCUGAUGAUGGUAAUGAUACAUCAAGCCAACCAUCCAUCGAGUCGCUGCCAGCGUCGCUGCAGUCGCUUCCUGUUUCAAUUCUCACUGUCUCAUCUUUAACACCUUCGGCGAUCAGCGAUCGCUCACAGGGCUCAAACAACUCCGUUGGUCACCACCGUCGCAAUAGCAGUCGCGGCUCGCUUAGAGGCUGCUCCUCCAGUGUCUUUGCAAGGGAGGUGCGCAUCCGAGGCUGGAGCGAGGUCGGCGAGAAAGCGCGAGGUUGGGUCGUCUUCCACAUCCGGAUCGUCACCAAGCAAGGUGUUGUCAUUGCGAACCAUAGACGAUUCAGCGCCUUUGUGUCCCUGCACAGACAGCUUUUGGAUGAGCGUCCCGAGUAUGCGCGCUUUCUUCCAGCUUUACCACCUCGGCGGACAGGCCUAUUGCACAAAUACGGCGCGAAACAUUUGGAGAACCGGAGAAAGAGCCUGCAGGAUUGGCUUGAGUCAGUGAUGCUAGAUGCGCGAUGGGCAGAGUGUACAUGUCUGCAGGAGUGGAUCUUAUGAUACAGUGCUAUUUGAUGCU